AUGCAGCAAAAAUGCCCUUUGUCACAGCAACAAAAUGAGUGUGAACAAUACCACAACCUUGCUGCUGCUGCUGCUGCUGCUACCGUCUUUAUCUCCUUACUAUCAUCCUCAGAAAGACCAAAAUUGAUGGCUCGCCAUCUUUUUUGCUUCAUGUCUUUGAUACUUGUGUUCAGAAUGGCUGUUGUAUCUUCUGCCAGUGAACUUGACAACGGUUAUAUCCCAAACCCAGAGAAUAACAUUCCAAAUAACCAACCAAAACAACAGGACAACGGCAACCCUGUGGACACUCCAACAAAUUUCAACAUACCAAUUAUAUCGGAACCCAAACCAAAGGUACCUGUGACUCCACCAUCACCAGAGCACAAGAAGCCUAAGUACAACCACCCAUUACCAAUCUACAAAAAACCAUUUCCCACCCCAUUGCCUGUACAUAAGAAGAAGCCAAUGUACAAGAAGCCCAUAUAUAUUCCGAAGCCUAUCUAUAUUCCAAUUUACAACAAUCCAACUAGUGAUACUCCUGCCCAAGCUCAAGCUCAAGCUCCAGCUCCAGCUCCAACUGAGGAUGAUUAUCCUGAAAACCCUCCAUCUUCACCUCCAUCUUCAUCUCCACCUCCAUCUCCAUCUCCAUCUCCACAUCCAUCUUCACCUCCAUCUUCAUCUUCAUCUCCACCUCCACCUCCACCUCCACCAACCCAAUCUCCUACAAACGGAGCACCUCCACCAUAUAAGUCACUAGACUAUAUUCCAGCUCCAGUAUUUGACCCUCCAAUUAAUGACCCCUCUCGUUAA